GGAGUGUUUUGGUUAUUUUUUUUUCUCUUCUGUUUUUUUUUCCCUUCCCAACACUGGAUGGUGCAGCAUUCCCGGGGCCUGUGGUGUUACGGCUCGAUUGCGUUUUAUUAUUUAUUUAUCUAUCUUCUCUCUUCCUCCUCUCAUCACUCCCCCGUCUCUGCUCUCUUGAACCCCCCGGCUUCUCUCCGGGCGCCGGUGCAGAGGACCGGGGAGCAGCAUCCCUCUCUCUCCCUCCCACUGAUGUGGGACUGAUCCUCACCCGCGUGUAGCAUGCUGUAGCCAAAAAAGAAGAGAGGAGGGGAAGAAAAAAAAGAAGCGGCUCUCUUGCCCUCCCUCUCCCUCGCUUCCCGCGGAUUGACUUCAUGGCUUCACUGUACCAGCGGUUCAGCGGGAAGAUCAACACCUCCCGCUCGUUCCCCGUUCCCCCCGAAGCGAGUCACCUCCUGGGCGCCCAGAGCAGCGAGGAGGACGGCGCUGCCGGCAAGACCCCGCGUCCAUUGCAACAGGAAGGCAGCCGGCCCCGCUUCCAGUACCAGUCGCGAAGUGACUGCGAGGAGGAGGAUGAGCUGGUGGGGAGUAAUCCUCCUCAAAGGAACUGGAAAGGAAUUGCAAUUGCCUUACUUGUUAUUCUCGUUAUCUGCUCGCUGAUUGUCACCUCUGUCAUACUCCUGACACCAGUGGAAGAUAACAGCUUGUCUCAGAAGAAGAAGAUAACAGUGGAAGAUCUCUUCAGUGAUGAUUUUAAGAUUCAUGACCCAGAGGCUAAAUGGAUAACUGAUAAUGAAUUCAUUUAUAGAAACCAGAAUGGCACAGUGAUUCUGAGGAAUGUCGAAACCAACAGUUCAACAAUAUUAAUAGAAAACAAAAAAAUUGUCUCCUUAAAGGCUAUCCGGUACGAGGUGUCACCUGACAGGGAAUAUGCACUGUUUGCCUUUGAUGUUGAACCUGUGUAUCAGCAUUCAUAUACAGCAUAUUAUGUCCUCAGCAAAAUACCUCAUGGGGAUCCCCAGAAUUUGUAUCCCCCUGAGGUCAGCAAUGCAAAGCUUCAGUAUGCUGGUUGGGGUCCAAAAGGGCAACAGCUGAUAUUUAUCUUUGAGAAUAACAUCUAUUACUGUGCCCAUGUGGGGAAACAAGCCAUCCGAGUGGUCUCCACAGGAAAGGAAGGUGUUAUUUUCAAUGGGCUCAGCGACUGGCUCUAUGAAGAGGAGAUCUUGAAGACUCACAUUGCUCACUGGUGGUCUCCUGAUGGCACCAGGUUGGCAUAUGCAACAAUUAAUGCCUCCAGAGUCCCCACCAUGGAGAUCCCAAUAUAUACAGGCAUCCUUUACCCUACUGUUAAAACAUAUCAUUAUCCAAAGGCUGGAAUGGAAAAUCCAACUAUUUCUUUGCAUGUGAUUGGUCUGAAUGGGCCCACUCAUGACCUGGAAAUGACUCCCCCAGAUGAUCAGAGAAUGAGGGACUACUACAUCACCAUGGUGAAAUGGGCCACCAGCACCAAGGUGGCAGUGAACUGGCUGAACAGAGCCCAGAAUGUGUCCAUCCUGACCCUCUGUGAUGCCACCACGGGGGUCUGCACCAAGAAACAUGAAGAUGAGAGUGAUGCCUGGCUGCACAGACAGAAUGAAGAGCCCGUUUUUUCCAGGGACGGUCGGAAGUUUUUCUUCGUCCGGGCCAUUCCCCAGGGAGGACGUGGCCAUUUCUACCACAUUGCCAUGUCAUCCUCACAGCCCAACAGUAGCAAUGAUGAUUUACAGGCUAUUACAUCUGGAGACUGGGAUGUGACAAAGAUACUGGCAUAUGAUGAAAAGAGGCAGAAAAUCUAUUUCCACAGCACAGAAGAUUCACCAAGAAGAAGACAUUUAUACAGUGCAAGCACAAACGGGAACUUCAACAGGAGGUGCCUGUCCUGUGAUCUGAUUGAAAACUGCACUUAUUUCAGUGCAUCCUUCAGCCACAAUCUGGAAUACUUCCUGCUGACAUGUGAAGGUCCCCGUGUCCCGAUGGUGACUGUUCACAACACAACAGAUGCACAGAAAAUUUUUGAGCUGGAGGUAAAUGAAAAUGUGCAGCUGGCUGUAAAUGACAGGCAAAUGCCUAAGGUAGAAUACAUGGAAAUCAAGAUAGAUGAUUACAGAUUGCCAAUGCAGAUCUUAAAGCCAGCAACCUUUGCCGACACCGCUCACUACCCCUUGCUUUUGGUUGUGGAUGGCACACCUGGCAGCCAGAUCGUCACGGAGAGGUUUGAGGUGACGUGGGAGAGCGUCAUGGUCAGCUCCCACAGCGCCAUCGUGCUCAAGUUCGACGGGCGCGGCAGCGGCUUCCAGGGCGCCAAGCUGCUGCACGAGGUCAGGAGGAGGCUGGGCCUUCUGGAAGAGAAGGAUCAGCUGGAAGCUGUCAGGACAAUGCUGCAGGAGCAUUUCAUUGAUAAAACGAGAGUCGGUGUGUUUGGGAAGGAUUAUGGUGGUUACCUCAGCACUUACAUGCUUCCAGCUGGUGAAGACAACCAGGUGUUCACCUGUGGAGCUGCUCUUUCCCCAGUGACAGACUUCAGACUCUAUGCUUCAGCCUUUUCUGAAAGAUACCUGGGCUUGCACGGGGUUGAUAACAGAGCAUAUGAGAUCAGCAAAUUAUCACACAGAGUCUCAUUACUAAAGGACCAGACAUUUUUGAUCAUUCAUCCUACUGCUGAUGAAAAAAUCCAUUUUCAGCAUACUACAGACCUUAUCACACACCUAAUUAGGGCAAAGGCUAAUUACAGCUUGCAGAUUUACCCUGAUCAAAGCCAUUACUUCAGCAAUGCAGCAUUUGAGCAGCACUUGUACCAGUCCAUUGUCAACUUCUUUGUGGAGUGUUUCCAGGUUCCAGACAAACUCCCACUGGCCCCACUGAAAGAGGAGGAGGAGGAUGAUUAACCCUACUUGUCCGUGCUAAGCACAAGGCAGAUCUCUCUGACAAUAUGCAACUGGAUCAUUUUCCUGAAGAAAGAGAUGUUGUUAGCAUGUAUUUAAAAAAAAACAAAACAAAAAAAAAAAAAAAAAAACCAAACUGAAAGCAGCUCCUCUGCUUUACUUGACAGCAACUCCUUCCUAAAUGGAAGAACAUUAAGCAUGGUGAACUCAGCAGAAACUGCUGUCUGAAAUAAAUCCAUCAC